CUGAGAGUGCUGAAGAAGCGAGGGGAAAAGAGACUUUCAAAAGAAAGCUAGGCAGCCUCCAAAACCCUCUCAACAGGAUUAUAAAUCUAUAGAGUACCAAAGGCUCAGGCUAAUAGAGAGGAGCAACUCCCAGAGCUGUUUGAGGUCCAGUUACUGCAGAAAGGCAUUUGGCUAAGGAGCCAUGGAGCCAGGAAGCCCUCAGCAUAUAAGGCAAGUGCUGCUUUUCUUUGUUUUCCUGGGAGGGUCUUUGGCGUGUUCAGAGACCUUGUGCUAUUCUGUGGCAGAGGAAAUGGAGACUGGCUCCCUUAUAGCCAACGUGGUGAAAGACCUAGGUCGCGAGGGUGUUGUGGAAGACCUGGCUGCACGGGGGGCCAGAGUCAUCUUUGAUGAUUAUAAACCAUAUUUAUGGUUGGAUCAGCAGACUGGCAACUUGCUCUUAAAUGAACAGUUGGACAGGGAGGCACUUUGUGAUCUCACGGAACCAUGUAUAUUGCAUUUCCAGAUGUUAUUUGAAAAUCCUUUGCAAUUUUUUCAGGCUGAGCUUUGGGUCAAAGACAUAAAUGAUCACACUCCCAUGUUCCUAGAUAAAGAUAUACUUCUGAAAAUCUCAGAAGGUACUGCUCCAGGAACCUCAUUCCAAAUGGAGAAUGCACAGGAUUUGGAUGUAGGAAAGAAUGGUGUCCAAAACUACACAUUAAGUCCCAAUCCUCAUUUUUACCUUAAAUUACAAGACAGUGAGGACGGCAGAAAAUAUCCAGAGCUUGUAUUGAAUCAAUCUCUGGAUCGAGAAAAGGAGCCUGAGCUUAGAUUAACGCUGACAGCCUUGGAUGGUGGGUUUCCGUCCAGGUCCGGAACUGCACUGGUUCGUAUUUUGGUUUUAGACAUCAAUGACAAUGCCCCGGAGUUUGAGAGACCUGUCUAUGAAGUUCAGGUACCAGAAAACAGCCCUCUGGGCUCCUUAGUUGUCAAGGUAUCUGCUACAGAUUUGGAUGCAGGAAUAAAUGGAGAACUAUCUUAUUCAUUUUCCCAUGUCUCCAGAGACAUUCGGAAAACAUUUGAAAUCCAUCCAAUUUCUGGCGAAGUCCAUUUAAAAGCGCUUCUGGAUUUUGAAUUAAUUCAGUCUUAUACAAUAAAUAUUCAGGCCAUUGACGGUGGGAGCCUCUCGGGAAAAUCAGCAAUUUUAGUUCGUGUUGUAGACGUGAAUGACAACCCACCGGAAAUAGUCAUAACAUCUCUUAGCAGCCACAUUCCAGAAAAUUCCUCACCUGAAAUGGUGGUCGCUGUUUUUAGCUUACGAGACCAAGACUCUGGAGAUAACGGGAAGAUGGUUUGCUCAAUUAAGGACAAUCUUCCCUUUCUCUUGAAGCCCACUUUCAAGAAUUUCUACACCCUGGUAACAGAGCGGCCACUGGACCGAGAGACCAGUACCAACUACAACAUCACCAUCACCGUCAGUGACAUGGGGACCCCAAGUCUGAAAACGGAGCACAACAUCACCGUGCUGGUCUCCGACGUCAACGACAACGCCCCCGCCUUCACCCAGACCGCCUACACCCUCUUCGUCCGCGAGAACAACAGCCCCGCCCUGCACAUAGGCAGCGUCAGCGCCUCGGACAGAGACGCGGGCGCCAACGCCCAGGUCGCCUACUCGCUGCUGCCGCCCCGCGACCCCAGCCUGCCCCUGGCCUCGCUCGUGUCCAUCAACGCGGACAACGGGCAGCUGUUCGCCCUGAGGGCGCUGGACUACGAGGCCCUGCAGGCGUUCGAGUUCGGCGUGGGCGCCACGGACCGCGGGUCGCCGGCGCUGAGCAGCCAGGCGCUGGUGCGCGUGCAGGUGCUGGACGCCAACGACAACGCGCCCUUCGUGCUGUACCCGCUGCAGAACGGCUCCGCGCCCUGCACCGAGCUGGUGCCCCGCGCGGCCGAGCCGGGCUACGUGGUGAGCAAGGUGGUGGCGGUGGACGGCGACUCGGGCCAGAACGCCUGGCUGUCGUACCAGCUGCUCAAGGCCACGGAGCCCGGGCUGUUCGGCGUGUGGGCGCACAACGGCGAGGUGCGCACGGCGCGGCCGCUGGGCGAGCGCGACGCGGCCCGGCACCGGCUGCUCGUGCUGGUCAGGGACAACGGAGAGCCGCCGCUGUCGGCCAGCGUCACGCUGCACGUGCUGCUGGUGGACGGCUUCUCGCAGCCCUUCCUGCCGCUGCCCGAGGCGGCGGCCGCCGCGGCGCGGGCCGACCCGCUCACCGUCUACCUGGUCGUGGCGCUGGCGUCGGUGUCGUCGCUCUUCCUGUUCUCGGUGCUGGCGUUCGUGGCGGUGCGGCUGUGCAGGAGGCGCAGGGCCGGCUUGGCGGGUGGCUGCUCGGUCCCCGAGGCCCGCUUCCCGGGCCACCUGGUGGACGUCAGCGGCACGGGGACCCUGUCCCAGAGCUACCAGUAUGAGGUGUGUCUGAUGGGAGGCUCGGGGACCAGCGAGUUCAAGUUCCUUAAACCCGUUAUCCCCAACCUCCCACCCGAAAAUCCUCAAAUGGAAGAAAGCCACACCUUUCUGAAUGGCUUUGGGUUCAAUUAGGGAUUUCUUUGUUAUGCAAAACUUAGAAUGAAUGCUGUUUCUUUGUAAAUUUAUUCAUUGUAAUGUAAAAUUCUUUCGGAUAAUUUCACUAAUAGCUCAGAAAUUUCGAAGUCUGCAUUCUGCUAUUCUUUAUAUUAACUGUGUUCAUCAAAACUGAUGGAGCUAGAUUUCGUUUAGUCUUUCUUUGAAAAUGCAACCUCAAAUUAUUUAAAUACAGCGUGAAGCACAAGUAGGUUUACAAUUGUUGGUAUGGAAAAUAAUAUGAUUAAUAAAUAAUAAUAUAAGCUUGCAAUAUUGUGUUUGCAUACUCACAAUUGUAAACCUACUCUUGCCCCACCCUGUAUAUAGAAUUUUUCCUUCAAGCUUAAUU